UCAGCAGCGGAGCGGGCAGUCACCACGACACACACAACGCACGCCGACCGGCCGACCGACCGACGGAGGGAGGGAGUGAGGGAGAGCGAGAGAGAGAGAGAGAGGAGCCCGGGGUUCAGUUCAGCACACACAGCCAUGGCGAACAUCGCGGUCCAAAGGAUCAAGCGGGAGUUCAAAGAAGUUCUCAAAAGCGAAGAGACGAGUAAAAACCAGAUAAAAGUAGAUCUGGUGGACGAGAACUUCACGGAGCUGAGGGGGGAGAUCGCCGGUCCUCCCGACACGCCGUAUGAAGGUGGCAGAUUUCAACUUGAAAUUAAAAUCCCAGAGACGUAUCCGUUUAACCCUCCAAAGGUCCGUUUCAUCAGUAAGAUCUGGCACCCUAAUAUCAGUUCAGUGACGGGAGCGAUAUGUCUGGACAUUUUAAAAGACCAGUGGGCAGCUGCCAUGACCCUGCGGACGGUGCUGUUGUCUCUUCAGGCUCUGCUCGCCGCAGCAGAACCAGACGACCCGCAGGACGCAGUAGUAGCCAACCAGUACAAGCAGAACCCAGAGAUGUUCAAACAGACCGCCCGGCUGUGGUCUCACGUGUACGCGGGCGCUCCCGUCUCCAGCGCCGACUACAACCGCAAAAUAGACAAGCUGUGUGCGAUGGGCUUCGAUAAGAAUGCAGUAAUAGCGGCCCUGUCUUCAAAAUCCUGGGACGUGGAAACCGCGACAGAGCUGCUGCUCAGCAACUGAGGCAACCAAGUUGGGUGUGAGGAUCCGACCGUCCCCCUCAUGGCAUCGUCCCCCUCAGGGCAUCAUCCCCCCCGCAUUCAUUCAUCCCACUCUUGUUUUUUUUGACACCCACACAGAACUUCCCCAUCCCUUCCACCCAUGCAGUCUUGAGCCUCCACCGGUAGCACCCCGUUGCCUUUUCCGACCCCCGUCUGUCCAGCACGCAGUGUUUUCCUCCGCUAUCAUGACAUGUGUACCCCCGUCAUAAAACACCCCCCCCCCCUCACGCAGCUCAUAUUAUAUUUUUUUCUCCAGUAUUAUUAUUGCAAAGAAUCAAAUGACCUGCAGGGUCAGAUGUGGAUGAAACCAGCAGGCUGCUCCUCCCAGUGCGUCACCAACUACGGCAACAAGUUGGACUGUCAGAUAAUUAAUAUUAUAAUUAAAUUAAAAUACAGGUCAUUUAGCAGACGCUUUUAUCAAACUUCAACAUGGGGCAGCCUGGACCCGAACCAUCAACCUCGUGCUUCCCAGCACACCUUCUCUAACCCCUGCGCCACGACGAGCCCCCUAAUACUGCAAAAGGUCUGGCUGGAUUCCAUUAACUCGACUGGAUAGUGUUCUGCAUUGAGCGGGGUGACUUUUUUUGUAUCAUAUCAGAUGCUGCAUUAAUCCGCAGUUUUUAUUUUCUGUCUGUAGGAUUAUAAAACCUCUCCUACAAACAUCUGCACAUAGGGAAAAUAUUAUCUGUAAAUAGGUGUGUAAAUACAUCGGAUAUACUUUUUUUUUUCUUCUUUCUUACACAAUCUGAUAACAAAUUAUUUUAAAUAUGCCUGGUUUAUAAUUAUGUAGGGCGGGAUACCUUUCUAUACUUUCGGGAUCAUCUGAAAAUGCUGGUUUAUUUAUUUUCUGAAGAUUGUUGCUCAGCCCGGGACAGGAAGCGACGCCACGUGCCGCCUUUUUCUGCUGCACCACAAUCACUACUUUCCUUUUGCCUUCUACUGUCCUUGCAUGACCUGUUCUGCCUUUUAUUUUUUUUUGGCCAAACAAUGUAGUGAUUGGGGGGCGCAGGGGGGGGAUGGUUGUCCAAUCCAACAUCCCUUCAGGUCGGUGGAACUGGCGAGACUGGGAGCCAGAGUUUAAGUUUGCCGUCUGGGGGGGGGACUUCAGCCUCAAAGCUCCCUCUUCUGUUCUGGAACGAUUCGCCUGAAGGAGAAAUGAGUUUGCAAUGCAGUGUUUUAAAAACUAAUUUAGAGCGACCACGUCACUUCUAAGCCACGGGUUAAGGAUCUUCUGGUCCUGAUGCUGAUCACUACAUCCAAGCGUCAGCCACACAUGCGCUUUGCUACAGAGCCAAAUAAAAUGCCCUGUGAUGUCUGAGAUGUUGUUAAAGAGGCUGGGACGUUUUUGAUUAUCUGGCACAUGGACUGUAGGGUGAACCCUCACACACCCCCUUUGAGUAAUAAAAACUGCUUCCCCACCAACACGAGACGUAUUACGGUACCACUGAGUUUUCAUGCCUCCUCUCCACUCUCUCUGCUGACAGUUUCCAGCCAGAGACAACAAAGAAUCUGCCGGAUCACCUCCUUGACCUGUGAAUAGUCCGGUUGUUAAGAGCCGCGUCUCUUCAGCCCUCCAAGGAAACCGUUAAUGGCCGGAUCUAUAUUUUGUAAGAACAAGGCAGGUUUCCUCAGAAUGUACAAUAUUGCACGACGAUGAAGAAUAGGCUAAACGGGCCGUUGCAUCAGUUUCCCUGUUUGGAUCGAGGCGGAUUUGUUCUCCUUUGCUUCAUCGGCAGCCGUUUAAAAAGCAUGGUUAUUUAUUGUGACAAUGUCAUGUUUCUUUGAUUAAAAAAAACAAAAUGGCAGAAAAUAA